AUGGACGGCUGGCGUGAACUUAUUUGCGUCCCCGGCAUCCGCGUGCCCAAGAGCCUGCCAUAUGCGCCGCAGGAGCAGGCCAACAAGAUCGUCACCGCGCUGCUGUUCGACGACACCCACGAGCUGCUCUGGCUCGGGGACUCGCACGGAUACGUGUACUCGUACGAGGGCCUCAAACUUGGGCUGUACUGCUCGUUCCGCGCACACAGACUGCCUGUGCUGCAAAUUCUCAACCACAAGAAGGGCAUUGUGUCGCUCGCCGCCGACGGCGUCCGUUUUGGCACAAGACAGGGCCUGACAAAGUACACCGUCCCGGCACCGGCAGACGUCCAAUUCUCGUCCAUGGCGUACACAUCCAACACGCAGACGGAGCUGCUUGUGGGUACGAGCGGCAAUCUGCUGCGUAUCGACCUCACCAACGGCACGGUGUCCGGCCGCCUCGAGUACGCCCACCCCGUGCAAUACAUGCAGUCGAACCUGCGGUGCGUGGUGCUGGGGCGUGCCGACGGCGCGGUGGACAUCAUGGACCCGAAAACGUGCCAGGUUCUCAAGUCCUGGAAAGCGCACUCGGCAGCGCUCUCAUCCAUGGCCGUCAGAGAUAACGUGCUGGUCACGUGCGGCUACUCUGUGCGCAAAGACCAGUAUGUGCUGGACCCGCUGGUGAAUGUGUUUGAUCUGCGCAAAUUGAGUCUUGGGCUGCCUAUCGCGUUCCCCGCGGGCGCUCUCCAGGUGCAUCUGCACCCAAAGCUGCCGAAUGUGGCGGUGAUUCUGUCGAGCAUGGGCCAGAUCAAUUUCAUCGAUAUCUUCGACCCCUCGCGCAUCCACCUGUACCAGGCGGACCUGAGCGCGUACGUGACGAUGUCUGACAUCUCGUCGACGGGCGAGUGUCUUGCCUUUGUCGACGCGCUACAGACGGUGCAUCUGUGGACCGACCAGCUGCUGCGGCCGCCCAGCUUUGCCGUGCUCUCCCAGGAACCCGUGCGGGCAUCGUUAGACGUGGAGCCUGUGCCGCGCGAGAACGCGCUCUCGUUCGAGUCCGACGCGCCGUUCAACUUGCUCAAGCUGCCGCGCUACGAGUCGAUGCUGCUGUCGGCGUGGCCGGCCGACAUGAAGUUUGAGGUUGGCAAGCUGCCGCGGCCGAUCGAGCCCGAAAUCCUGCGCGACGGCAAGACCAUCAACGGGUUCACCAUCGCGCGCUACGACCCGCAGAAGUACGGCCCGCGCAACCGCGCCGUGCGCCACGAGCUGCUCACCGCCCGCAGAGACACCGACACGCUGUAUCCGAAGUUUCUUAGCGAGCGCGAGGAUGACUACGACGAAAACGAGGAGAAAAUCCGCGCAAAGCGCGAAAUGAUGGCCAACGCGUUUGUUUACACACCCACAGGCAGCGACGUGCCCAACGCGUUCAAAAAGACAGACAUCUUGUACAGCAAGUUCGGCGUCGACGACUUCGACUUCACGUUCUACAACUCGACGCAGUUCUCGGGCCUGGAGUCGCACGUCGACAACUCGUACACCAACGCGGUGUUGCAGCUGUACCGCUUCACCCCGGCGAUCUUCAACUUCGUCGUGCGCACGCUCGCCGAAGACGUCCAGUACGACGACUGCAUUCUUGCCGAGCUCGGGUACCUGAUGGAUAUGCUGGUCAAGGCGAACGGCCGCAACGUGGUGGCCGCCAACUUCCAGAAACUGUUCAGCUCGCUGCCGCAGACACGCCAGCUGGGACUGCUCAGCGCCGACGGCCGCGCACGUGACGACCACGGCCAGCGCAAACUCGUGCAGCUGUUCAACAAGUUCCUGCUCGAGCAGCUCGCGCGCGACGAGACAGACCUGUAUCGGCGGCCGGUCCCGGAACACAUGAACGAGCUGUGCGGCAUCGCCGCCCAGACAACGCUGCACUCGUACUUCUGCUCGUUCCAGCACGUGAGCACCGCGCACGUGUACUCCCUAGACCUGAACGUGCUGCCACCGCCGCCGCUGAUCCCGGCCGAGUUCACCAUCCUCAACUAUCUGGAGGCCGCCGUGAACAAGACGUUGCAGCACAGCAUCCUCUGCGACGUGUGCAAGAGCUACCACGCGAUCGAGGCGGCGCUGCGCAUCGGCCGGCUCCCGCGCGUGCUGAUGCUGCACGUGGACCUGGACAACGAGCAGCUCAACGAGGUGCGCAGUUUCCAGAACUGGCUCGUGCCCGAGUUUUAUACUACUGCGGCCACCGGCAGGCCGAUCUUCCGCUCAGACCCCGUGGCUGGCGCAGGCACACGGUACGAGCUCGUGGGCUAUGUGGCGCAGAUCACGUCUAGAGACAACACGAACCACCUGGUGACGCUCACACGGACGCCAGAGGGCGAGUGGUACUUGUUCAACGAUUUCCUGGUAACCAGAAUAUCCAAAGAGGAGGCCCUGAACCUCACGUACUGGUGGAAGCGGCCGGUGCUGGCGGUUUAUCAGGACCUUUCCGAGCGCGAGUUUGACUACGACGGAUGGAAACACGUGAUUGACGACUCGAUUCUGUACCGUGACCAUUUCGCGCAAGGCACGCGUGAGGGUAAAAUCAUCGAGUACGAGCUGCUGACGCGGGCAGAGGCUCCGAAGCCGGGCACACUGGUGGCUAUCGACGCGGAGUUUGUGCUGCUCGCUCCCGAGGAGUACAUUUUCCGCUCGAACGGGGCCAAAGUGCUGGUGCGGCCGAAAAAAGUGUCUCUGGCGCGAGUGUCUGUGAUUCGUGGCGAGGGCCCCAAGGAGGGCGUGUGUUUCAUCGACGACUACAUUUUGACGGACGAGUCGAAGAUAAACGAUUACAUCACGUCGUUCUCGGGCAUCGAGCCGGGCGACCUGACCCCAGAGAAAUCCAACAAGACGGUUGUCACGCUGCAAACGGCGUACCGCAAGAUCUGGCUGCUGCUGAACCUGGGGUGCGUGUUUGUGGGCCACUCGCUCAGCGGCGACUUCCGCGCCAUAAACAUCCAGGUUCCGCCGCAGCAGGUGCGCGACACGGCGGAGCUGUUCUAUUUGAAGCGCGAGAAGCGUAAAUUGGGACUCAAGUUCCUGAUUUACCAGCUCUUCAAUGACAGAGUCCAGACGGGCAACCACGACUCCAUCGAGGACGCGCACUCGGCGCUGCGGCUGUACCGCAAGUAUCUGGAGCUCAAGCAGUCGGGCGAGCUCGAGGAAACGCUACAACGGAUAUAUCUGGAAGGACAGUACUCGCGGUUCAGAGUGCCGUCGAGCUAA